GCUCCUAGAGAAAGGGAAGGCUCAGCCUCCAUUUACACUAACCAUCUUCCUUUUGUAGCUCUCUCAUGGAGCUUCACAAUUCAACACCGCCACCACCAAACCACCACAUCCAUGCCCACAAUGCUCUUCUCACCUCCAAUUCCUUCCUCAUCAUCAUCGCCUCCAUCAUCUUCAUCGCCGUCCUCCUCGCCGUCCUCCUCCUCAUCUCCAUGCUCCACCGCCUCAAAUUAGCUCGAGACACCGCCGCCGCCACCGCCGCCGCACAAUCCACCACAUUCAACCCCCACAUAGCCAUCAAUUUCGAUUCAAACCCAGAAUUUAAGGGGGGUGGGUACUUAUAUGGAGCCAAUUCUGGGAGGAUUUCUAAGUAUAGAAUCAGGGGAGUUCAGGUUUUCACUUACAAGGAAAUGGAAUUGGCUACUGAUCAUUUUAAUGAAGCUAAUGUGAUUGGAAAUGGAAGAUUUGGGAUUGUUUAUAGAGGAGUUCUUGGAGAUGGAGAUGUGGUUGCUAUUAUGAUGAUCCAUAGAGAUGGGAAGCAGAGGGAACGUGCUUUCAGAAUGGAGGUGGAUCUUCUAAGCCGCUUGCAGUCUCCAUGUCUGGUGGAGUUGCUUGGCUACUGCGCUGACAAACACCAUAGGCUUCUGAUAUUUGAAUUUAUGCACAACGGUACUCUUCAUCAUCAUCUGCAUAAUCCGGACACUGAAUCUCAGCCAUUGGAUUGGAAUACUCGAUUGACGAUAGCCCUUGAUUGUGCCAAGGCACUCGAGUUCCUCCACGAGCAUGCCGUUCCAUCUGUUAUUCAUAGAAACUUCAAGUCAACCAAUGUUCUAUUGGAUCAGGACUUCCGAGCCAAGGUCUCCGAUUUCGGCUCAGCCAAGAUGGGUUCCGAUAAGAUCAAUGGUCAGAUAUCGACACAAGUCCUCGGAACCACCGGAUAUCUAGCACCAGAGUAUGCUUCAACAGGUAAACUUACAACAAAAUCAGAUGUAUAUAGCUAUGGCGUUGUGCUACUAGAGCUUUUGACUGGUCGAGUGCCGGUCGAUAUCAAACGGCCACAGGGCGAGCACGUUCUUGUCUCGUGGGCUCUCCCAAAGCUGACUAAUAGGGAAAAAGUAGAGAAGAUUAUAGAUCCAGCAAUUCAAGGGAAAUACUCUAAAAAGGAUCUAAUUCAGGUAGCAGCCAUUGCAGCCAUGUGUGUGCAGCCCGAAGCCGACUACCGGCCUUUGAUGACCGAUGUCGUGCAGUCACUGGUUCCUCUGGUUAAGAACCGAUCGGCGUCGUAGAUAGCCUUCAAGAACAGAGCAAGGUUCAACAGAGUAGGUUUCUUUUGUUGUAACUUUUUUGUGAACCUGUAGAGGCGACAAACAAAGAUUUACCUUAAAAUCUGCUAACAACAAUGGGACUUGUACAUAAACCUUUUGAUUGUCAUUUGAUGUUACAAAACAUGUUUACUGUAAAC